AUCAAGGAUGGCGUGAUGCUGCUGGCGCUGCUGGAAGUCCUCUCUGGACAAAAACUGCCAUGUGAGCCAGGCAAGAAGCUAAAGAGGAUCCACUGGGUCGCCAACAUCGGUACAGCGCUCAACUUCCUUGAGGGGAGGAAGUCUGCCUACAGAGGAUCUCCGAUCAAGCUUGUGAACAUCAACUCCACAGACAUUGUUGAUGGACGGCCGUCAAUUGUAUUGGGGUUGAUGUGGACCAUCAUCCUCUAUUUCCAGAUUGAGGAGUUAACCUUUAGCCUGCCAGCACUUCAGGCUUUGUCCAGCAGCACUUCUUCACUGGACAGCUCCACCAGCAGCACUGACACUACCAGCCCACCCGUCAAAAGAAAACCCCUCCCACCUAUGCAGGGCGGAGCCAGAAAGGCCCUACUAAGAUGGGUCCAGCAGACAGCCACCAAACGUCUUGGCAUUGAGGUGAAGGACUUUGGCCCCAGUUGGCGCACAGGGUUAGCAUUCUUUGCCGUUAUCAAUGCCCUCCGGCCCAAUCUAGUUGACCUAGAGCGUGUAUGGAGGAGGCCCAACCGAGAAAAUCUGCAGGAAGCUUUCUUAUUGGCUGAGACCGAGCUGGGCGUUCCACAACUUCUGGACCCAGAGGAUGUCGAUGUAGACAAACCGGAUGAGAAAUCCAUUAUGACAUACGUAGCUCAGUUCCUGAAGCAUCAUCCUGACCGAAAGCAGAGCGUCGCAGACGAACAGCCAGACGAAGAGAGAGAGCAGCGGAAGAGCCUGAGGGAGCUCAAAAUGUGGCUCAACCAGCUGGAGAGAGACGCAAUACAGGCUCAGGAGACUGAGGGCAAUCUCGCUCAACAGUACCAGUUGUUCAAGAGUCUGCAUGUCCAGGUGGAGAUGAGGAGGAAGCACGUGGAGGGAGCUUUGCAGUCCACUCAGAAGGAUGGGAUGCUGACUGUGGAUCAGGCUCUGGUCAAACAGGCCUGGGAAAGAGCCUCUAAUAGGCUCCUGGACUGGCAUCUGCAGUUGGACAGGUCUCUGCCGGCUCCUCUGGAUAUGGUGGGGGCGUGGCUGCAUGAGGCUGAAGGAGCCCUGCGACAAGAAAUCAUCGUCCAUCAAGCACACGACGUGACAGCCACCGCUGUCCACAGGGUUCUGGAGCAGCACAAGGACGUGUUGAACAGCCUGGAAAGUCACCAGCGGGUAUUUCAGAAGAUCCAUAAAGACAGAAGUGUUGAUGGAGUCUCUGUACCCCCAGACCAGCUCCAAGACAUAGCUGAAAGGAUGAACUUUGUCUCUACAUCUUCGAGCCUCCACUUGUCUAGAAUGGAAUUCUUGGAGAACAAACACCACAUGCAGGCCUUCCUCACUCUAGCCGAGUCCAAGCUCAAAUCCUGGAUCAUAAAAUACGGCCGACAAGAGUCCGUGGAACUGAUGCUCCACCACUAUGUUUCAUUUGUGGAGAAGCAACAUUUCUUCGACAAUUACGAGGCAUUGUUCCAGUCCCUGAAAGUGUCUGCUGAGGCCUAUGUCAGUGCUGACAGCUCAGUGGAUGAGGGCGAGAUGGGAGUGCGCAGGUUCAUGCGGGAGGUGGUGACCCAGUGGAGGAGUCUGUCCAUGGAAGUGCGUAGUGUGAGGAGCAUGCUGGAGGAGGUGCUGUCCAACUGGGAGAGGUACAGCUCCACUGUGGCCUCUUUACAGGCCUGGCUGGAGGAUGCAGAGGAAGCCCUGAGCCAGCCAGAAAACACAAAACGGGAGUUCUUUAGGAAUCUCAGCCACUGGAUGGAUCAGCAUGCAGCCAUGAACGACGCCGGGAAUUUUCUCAUCGAAACAUGUGACGAGACCGUGUCGCUUGAUCUCAAGCAGCAGCUACUUCUUUUGAAUGGACGAUGGAGAGACCUCUUCCUAAAAGUCAAACAAUAUGCCCAUGCAGAUGAGCUGGAGAAGUGGAGAAAAGACCAUCUAAAGGCCGUGUCGGCCCUAAAAGAGCUGCUGGACACAGCAGAGGCCAAGCUCUGUGUUCCUGUCCAGGUGUCUUUCCUCAACGUUAGAGCCUUUCUGCAGGACGUGGAGAAUACCAAGCAAAAGGUUGUUGCCAUGGAGACACAAUAUAAAUUGGCUGCCCGCGGUGCUCAGCUUCUUGCCAAAGAUGCGCCACAGGAUGAGGCUGCUAGGGUCAUGGCAACUAUGGCAACAGCCAAAAGUCAGCUGAGUAAGGUGCGAGAGCGGUGUCCCUCCCUUGUGAGGGAGUGUCACGUCCUUCUGCCGUUGUUGGAGGAGAUGGAGAGACACGUCACUGCUUUUUACCAAGCCCUGGAGCGGGCCAGUCGCAUCACUUUCGCUGCCAGAGAUCCAGACACACAGACGCAGACCCAGCAAAAACAAAAGUGGCAGGAUUUGUUAAACCAGCAGCAAAGCUGUAAACGCUGUCUGUCAGUGAUCGAGAGGAAUCACCACACACUGCAGAGGGCGCUCUCCUCCAGUAAGGUGCUCCAAAACUUCGACCUGUCCCUGCUGCAGAAGAGAGUGGCUGAAAUACAGGGCUCAGCGCAGGCUUUGCUGAAGGAGGUCGGGGAAUGGAGGAGGCAGGAAGAGGCCAACAACUGCCUGAGGAGGAGAUUCGAGGAAUCCAGACAAGAGCUUGAGAGAGUGCUGAAGAAAGCUCUGGGCUGCUUGAGAGAGACUGGAGACGCGGAGGAAUUACUGAAGAAACAUAGCGACUUUUUUGGCCAACUGGACCAGCGGUUGCUGAGCGUGUUCUUGAAGGCGUGUGAUGAGCUGACUGACAUCCUUCCACAGGAGGAGCAACAAGGGCUGCAAGAAACUGUCCGCAGGCUGCACAAACACUGGAAGGACAUCCAGGGCGAAGUACCGUCUCACCUGCUCCGUCUAAAAGUGGAGUUGGAGCGAAGUAGAGUGGCUGUGAUUAUACAAGACUGCCGAGCAGAGCUGGACAGAGAAAUGCAAGCCCUGUCUGGCACCUGCACCAGUGAGCGAGUGAUCAAAGAGCACAGAACUUUUUUCAGGGAACGCAAACCUCUGACUUUGUGUGAGAAGAGGAUUAGAAACAUGGAGGAUCUGUGUCACAAGUUGCCUGACAACGACCCGGCUUAUCGAAUGCUAGACUCCACCAGAAGGACUGUAGAGGAGGUUACAGAGCAAAUCAAGAGCACACACCUCAAACUGGAGCAUCACCCUGAUAAAUGGAAAGAGUGGAAUGAGAGGUUCUGUGAUCUUUCUGAUUGGCUCUCCACUCAGAGGGUGCAGGUGAGGCUCUUGAGAGAAACAGCAAGAAAUUCCAGCCAUCAGGAGCAAGUUGAUGCUGCUGUUCAGACUCUGCAGGAAGCAGUAGAUGCCCGAGAGGAGGGCCUGUUGUGGCUCAAGAGCCGUCUUGCUGGGCUUUCUGAGGUUAGCUCUGAACUGGAGGUCCAGAGACAGAGAACAGCUCUUGCCAAACUCUCCACUGACCUGCGGGCACUCUUUUCUUCCCUUUGUCAGUGGGGUGAAGAGGGCUCUGCUAUGUUCCAGUACGAGGAGCUGAAGGAGGAGGUGCACGGUGCUCUCGAGGAGGUUCUGAGAGUGCGAAGAGAGGCUGAGGAGCAGAUCAGCAGGAUCCUGGAUGCUGAGGGGCUGGAGGAGGCCACACAACUCUAUCUUAUUCACCAGCACCACCUAAAGCGUCUGCAUGCUAACAGGAGAGAGACGGAGCUUCUGGUGGCCCACUGCCGCCAGCUGCAGAAAGGGGAGGGGCUCAGUCAGUCUCUAGGGGAGCUGGAGGGAGUUUUCAGAGACGUCGACCACAAAUCAGGGGCGAAGGAGCACAACCUGCAGGAGCUGCUCACAAAAAUUGAGGAGUGUUCUGUGCGAACAGAUCUCCUGCUGGAGAAGGCAGCAGAUAUUCAGCUUGGUCCAAAGAAUCAGACUCUUCUUCUACAGCAGGCCCAGUCCACCAGAGAAGCAGUCGCUCAACUUCAAGACCACCUCAACAAGAAUGUUGUCCAGCUGGAGAUGAUGUGUAUGUGGUGGGAGCGCUUCAGCGGUGAAUCAGAGGCCUUCUCUCUGUGGAUCAAUGAGAAAGAGAAGGAGCUGGAGGCCGUCGGCUCCACCUCCUCCUUAGAUCCUCUGGACAAACACAUCAGCACAGUGGAGCUGCCAUCUGCUGUUGCAUCCCUACAGGCUGUGGCAGAAGGUUUAGAGGAGAGAAGAGCAGCUCUGGCCCACAUGGAGGCAGAAUGUGAGGCUCUGUCUAGGUUCGUCACCCCUGGAGAGGCUGGAUGCAUCCGGACACGGCUCGCACAGAUGAGGCGCUGCUGGGAAGAAUUGAAGGGGAGAGUAGAGCAGCUGGGAGGACAGCUCAACCAGAGCGCCUCCUACUGGCAGAGAUACAAUGAUAACCUUGAACAGUGCAAGAAAGCAAUGAGUGACCUUAAGCAGAAGCUUGACUGUCCAGUCACAUGCUGUUCAUCAUCAUCCGAGACCUACAAAAACCUCCAGGAUCAUAUGGAGGUCUUCCAGGCCGUUGGGCAGCUGAACCCCAGGCUGAUUGCUUUGUGUUCAGCUAUGAAGAGGCUCGGAGAGGGCAGCCAGCUGGAGGAAGAGGUGGCUAACCUCCAGAAGCAACAGGGGGAGUUUAUGGGAAAGGCAACAGAAAAGCAAUCUACAUUAGAGAGCCUUCUGGCACUGUGGCAAAGAUUUGAAAAGGAGAGUUCGUCCAUGAAAAGCUGGCUGAACAGGUGUGAGUCUGUUUGCUGUCCAGACAGCGACCUGCUUUCUGCAGACAAAGAAAAGCUUAAGAAUGAACUACUAAACGUACAGGGAAUGCAGGUGGAGACAGCAUCCUAUGAGGUUCUUCUGCAGGGUCUUGUGAAUCUUGCGCUGUGUCUGUACCCCACAGCUUCUGAAGUUCGUAUCGAAGAGCUCAGCGAUGAUCUCGCACAACUUCAGGAAAGAAGCACCUCUGUGAAGAACGGCAUAUCACACAGGCCUGAGCUGCUGCAGUCUCAGUUGUCACAGCUGGAGCACUUUGAUCAGGCGCUGCUGACUCUGACCCAGACGAGUGAAAACUUCCUGUCUGGCUUGCGAAGCUCUUCCCAGGUUGAUAUUUCUGAUCUUGAGGCUGCAAUUAGUCAGCUGAAGGAGCAUGAGGUGCAACUACUAGCACAUGCGUCACUGAGAGAGACUCUACAGCACAGUGAGUCCUCCCUGCUUCGCUGCUCCACCUCCGAGGCUCAACAGCAGCUCCAGGGCUGGAGAGAGGACUGCCUGCAGCCCCUCAGUGAAUCCCAGCGCCUCCUGCUCCUCCGUAAAGAGUGCCUAACUGAGCUAAACACUUUUCUUGAGAAGCACGGAGCGGCAGCCAGUACUGUGCGCUGCCUUCACGAGGAGGUGGAGGGCAGGGGUAGCUGGGACCGCUCCAAAGCUGAAGAGCUGCACCGUGGAAUAAGCGAGGGGGCGAAAGACGUGGCCAGGCUUGAGGCUGAGGCGGUCGGGUUAGAUGGGCAGCUAAGCAAGGCACACCUUCACCUGAGUGGUGCAGAGUGGCGGGGCUCCAAAGACGUGAGCCAUCCUCUGGGAAGAACAUCUUGCAGGGGACAGGCGGUGGCCCUCACGAUGGCUCUAGAGGAGGUGCAGAGGGGUGUGGGGUGGAGGCAGAGUGAAGCGGACGCUUUAGGAGCACUAUGGACCUCGUUCAGGGAGAGGAGAGAGGAGGUGAUGAAGAAUUUGAAGAAACUGGAGAAUGAAGCGAUAAAAGAGGAAGCCAGAGAGAGCUCUGUACAGGCCUUUCAGAACAGGCUGCGUUUUUUUGUCCAGCUGGAGGAUGAGCUCCAGUCCCUGCAGCAUUCCCAGCGGUGGUUAGAGGAGAAGGGAAGCCAGCUGGCCCAGAGAGACAGUGAGCUGGCUGGGGAGGCUCUCAGGGAGGUAGCUCUGGUGAAGACAGCCUGGGAGAGCGUCAGGACUCUGAUCACCAAUGGUCAGGAACAGAGUGGAGUUGUGGUAGAUCUUCUCCGCCAGUUCAACCGUCUGAAGUCAAUCCUCACCACUGUUGUGGAGAACGCUCAGGCUGUUGCUCACAAUCUGCCCGACCACAACCAUAACGCUCAGGAGGCUAAAAGGACUUUCUCACGACAUGACACAAUCCAAGCCGAGCUGAGAGAAAAACAGGAAGACAUGGACCAGCUCAUAAGCACAGUGGAGGACCUGCAGAGAGAGCUGGAGAAAGUUCCCAACUCUGAUGUGAGCUCCCUCCAGAGAGACAUGGCGACGUUAAGAGACAUGUGGCUGAUGGUGUCAGAGAGAAUACAAACCAACACAGAGAGACUGGGCUAUUGUGUAGCUCUUUGGGAAGACCUUAAGUCCAUGGAGCUGAACAUUAACCAAUGGGCCGCCAACGCCAUCGCUGAUCUCACCGACAGCGUCACCAAUCUCAGUGAUAAAGAGCAGACAGAGGCCCAUCUUGCCACCUUUCAGGCUGAGGUCGAGAAGAGGGAGCAAAGGCUGGACGCCCUGCAGGAGAGAGUGACAGAGCUGAAGGAGCGAGCCAAACUGCAGGAAACACCGUUACAAAUGCAGGUCCUGGAGUCAGACUUGAGGAAAAAAAUGGCCCAUGCACAUGAGGUGUACAACCAGGCCAAACACACUCUGACCUACUUCAGUUUCCAAAAGCAACGACUGGAGGACCUCAUGUCCCAGAUGGCCGAGCGGCUGGUGACAGUUGAGGGUUCCUUAUCUGACCUCACUGAAGCCACUUCUCCUGAAGACAUUGGUACAGUUAAGGACCUGCAGAGCGUUGUGCAGCAACAGAGGGCAGACAUGGACUCAGCUAGAGAUGCUCUAAGUGCCCUGUGCAGGUCUCAUCCCUCUCAGGAGCUGUCAUGCCUCUCCUCUGACCUCACUUCCAUCGCCAAGCGAACAGAGGCUGUUGCCCAGCGCUGUGCGAAGACGAGGGGCAGCCUACAGGAUGGGCUACAGCUCCACUUCAACGCAGAGCUCGUCCAAGACUUCCACUGCCGGCUUUCAGAGCUGAAGUCGGAUCUGAAAGAAUGUUCUAACCAAUCAGGAGAUGUUGCCGUCCUUGGAGCCAAGUUGCAAAGACUAAAGGUGUCAGUGGAGCAGAUUUCAGAGGGGGAGGAGCGUCUCUCUCAGGUUUGCGAGGAAGCCGAGAGGCUCCAGCUCCACCUGACUAAAGCUGGAGCAGCACAGGUCCAAGAGCAUCUCUCCUCCUGUAAGAGAGAGUGGAGGAACUACCUGGACAGCUGCUCUCAGAGCCAACGAGACUUGGAAGAGAGUGUUGACCUUCUGAAAAACUUUAAUGACUGUGUGGAGGGUAUAAGAGACUGGCUGAAGCAGAUGGAUCUCUGCCUCAAGAGAGAGCCUGUUUUUGGGGCAGACUGCCAGCAAGGAGCCGCAGACACAGCAGAAGAGCUGGAGAGGGUGGAAAACCUCCAUAAGGAGCUGCAUGCAAGAAGGGACUCCAUCGAGCGUGUCUGCCAGGACUCCCAGUCUCUGUCUGAAGCAGGCCGGGGGUCUGGAGGAGAGGUCAGAGUGACAGGCCAGCUCCAGUUUGAGCAUCAUGCCCUGCUGAAGGCAUCCAGGGAGAGGCUGCGAGGCUGCCAAGAGAGCCAGGCCUUUGGAGAGACCCUUCAAGGGGUUUGGGCCUGGCUGGAGGAGAUCCAGGAGAGACUGGGGACAGUAGACAGCACCAUGGGGACCAAAGAGCAGUUAGAGCAGAGGCUGGAGACUGUGCAGGACAUCCUGCUUUUGAAGGGGGAGGGGGAGGUCAAGCUGAAUAUGGCGAUGGGUAAGGGUGAGUUGGCCCUGCGUAGCUAUGCAGCCGCCGGACAGGAAGUGGUUCGCUCUCAGCUACAAGAAGUGGAGGAUGCGUGGGCCACGCUGCUCGUGACUGCCAUGAGCUGCCACAGUCGACUAGAGUGGACCGUGACACAGUGGGGAGGAUACUUGGAGGGUGCUGCCCAGCUGCGGUGCUGGAUGGAGGCUGUAGAGCGGGAGGUGUGUGCCCCUCUCACCCCCCAGCCAGGGCCCAGAGAGAAGGCCUCCCAGCUAGAGAGACUCCGAGCCCUGCUGGCUGACCUGGAAGACCACCAGGUGGCGCUGUCCAGCCUGGAAGAAAAAGCAAGAGAACUGUUCAAGAAGACUGGCGACGCAAGCUUUAAUCAUGGCGCCCGCACCCAGCUGCAGGUGCUGUUUGACGACCUCACAGCCUUGGUGGAGGAGAGAGUACGUCUGGCGCAGGCCGUGGUGUUGGAACACCAAGAAUACCUGGAGGCUGUUAGGGAGCUCACUGAUUGGCUGAUGACUGCUGGAGAGGAGCUGCAUCAUUGGUCUGAUACAUCAGGAGACUCUGCCUCCAUCAGAAAGAAACUGUCAGAAGUGAGGGAGCGUGUGGAGUGUCGGCUACUGGAGGGCCGAGAGCGCCUCAGCCGGGUGCGUCGGAGCGCAGCGUCCACGGCGGAGCACACUGCGGCGGGCGGCUGCGAGGCCAUGGACCGACAGCUGGGGGCUCUGUCUCAGGCUCUGGAGCAGUGGGAGGGGGCCGCCCUGAGGGCCAGGGACGGCCUGGAGGGGGCCCUGGCCGCUGCUGAAUCCUCAGAGGAGGAAUAUGACCGUCUGACCGCCCGACUGGAGGACGAGUUGAAAGAGCUGGAUAGACGGCUGAGGGGGUGGAGCCAGGAGUUGGUUAAAGCAGAAGGGCGGAGCAACGGCGAAGAAGCAGUGGAGGGAUGGCAGCUGGCUAAGGAUAUACUGGAGGGCUUGCAGAGCGCCGAGCCGAUGGCAGAGAAGUUGAAAGGCCAACUGAACGACCUGGUGCGAUACUCCAGAGACCUGGGUUCACCAUCAGACCGGGUCACCACGCUUAUCAAACAGCACAACAGUCUCAGUCUUCGUGCAUCCAGGGAGUGUCAAAAUAAGGAGCGCUUGUUGGAGCAGAGGUUCCGUGCAGCCUUGAGAGACUUCCAGCAGUGGUUGGUCAACGCCAAAAUCAGCACCGCCAAAUGCUUUGAUGUGCCACAAAGUGUCGCCGAGGCCUCCACCGCUCUGCAGAGGAUCCAAGAGUUCUUGAGUGACAGGGAGCAUGGCCAGGCCAGGCUGAGUACAGUAGGAGCCAGCGGGGAGCUGCUGAUGGCUGUGGUGACCAAAGACCGGGUGGAGGGAAUCAAGGCCAAGGUGGCAAAUGCCAGAGAGGACUGGAUGAGCCUGAUGAAUAGCCUGCAGCUGAGGGAGGAUGCACUCAAGAACCUGCAGUCGCAGAUGACGGAGUUUGAGGCCAGUGCUGAGCCUCUGCAGGACUGGCUGAACAGCACCGAGGUCAGAGUUCAGGAGAGCAGUGCUCGUCUACACGACCUUCCAGCCAAGAAACAGGAGCUCAGCAAACUACAGUGUGUACUGGAGGAGAUGGCCAGUUGGGAGGCAGAGCUAGGCAGGCUCAGGGAAAGAGCUCAUCGUCUCUGGGAGGGACAAGCAGCCGGCAAGGGCUUUGUCCACCGUGUUUCCCAGCUGUCAGCACAGUACCUAGCCCUCAGCAACUUAACCAAGGACAAGGCCUCCAGGAUUGAGCGUAUUGUCGGGGAGCACCGCCUCUUCUCUCAGGGCCUUAAAGAGCUCCAGGAUUGGGUGUGUGAAGCCCAGAGGGUCCUCAACACCUGCAUCUCCACCACCACUGACAAGAGCGUGUUAGAGGACCGGAUGCUACUGCUGGAAGCCUUACUGGCUGCUCGUCAGGAAAGGGAGAUCCAGCUAAAGAUGCUUCUGACGCGGGGAGAAGCGGUCCAGAGGAACACUUCAGUUGAGGGUGUCCCAGUGAUUCGCAAACAGAUCCAGGACCUCAAAGACUCAUGGGACUCCUUGCUCUCUGCCUCCAUUCAGUGUAAAAGCCAGCUGGAGGGCGCUUUGUCGCAAUGGACCAGCUACCAGGAGGACGUGGGUCAGUUUGUGCUGUGGAUGGACCGGGUCGAGGAGACACUUAGCUGCUCAGACAGACAGUACUCUGAGAUGAGAGACAAGACCGCUAACCUUGGAAAGACCAAGCUUCUCUAUGAAGAAGUACUGAGUCACAGCAGUCCUUUGGAGACCAUUGCCACAAAGGGGUCCAAUAUGGCUGAACACUACACUACCCAGCAGGAGGUGCAGCAGCUGCAAUGUAGAUACAACGCCCUCAAAGAAAAGGCCAAGAAUGCAGUCAGUAAGGCCAAAGGGCUGGUGCUGGUCCAUCAGGAAUAUCAAAGGGGGUUACAUGUGUUUGAGGACUGGCUGGAGCAGGAACAGGCCACUCUGGUCUCGUUGUCCCAUCCUGAGGGAAACGUGGAUACACUAGAGAAGACACUGCAACAGCUACAGCUCUUGCAGGAACGCUGCUCAAAUGGCCAGUCUUUGCUUUCCUCUGUGCUGACCAGCAGAGAACGAGUAAUCCCCUGGGGUAUACCUCAGAUUGAGGACCGAGCGCUGGACACCGCUCAGCGGGAGUGGGGGGCCUACCAGGGCCGUCUGGAGGAGACUCAGACCCAGCUGAGCUCCACACUGACCAGACUGAGGCAGAUGGGCCAAAGGUUCCUUAGCCUGGCCCAGUGGCUGCAGGAGAUGGAGAAGAUGGUAAACAUCCGACGUCAUCGGAGGUCAGACAGGCGCACCAAAGAGACUCAGCUGAAGAAACUCAAGGGGUGUCUUGAGGCAGUGCUUGCACGACAGGGAGAAGUCGAUGGCCUCUCCUCUCUGGCCCAGCAGGUUCUGGAGGAAACCUACAUCAGUAGUCGUGUCAGCGUUACGGCCACCCAGCUCACUGCCCGCUACCAUUCCCUGCUGCUCAACAUACAGGACAUCAUCAAGCAGCUUCAGGAGGAGCUGAAGAGCAUCGAAGAGGCUGAGAAUCUUUGCAUAUCCUUCACUGACUGGCUCAGCUCCACUCAGAAAAGCUUCACAGCGUUAACUGACAGUUCUGAAGCUCUGGACCGGGUCGCCAUGGAGAAGAAGAUGAAGAAAUUAGAGACUCUCCAGUCUGAGCUCCAACAUGGUCACCGUUUCCUGAAAUCACUGAGGGAGCGGGCAGAGCAGGCAGCAGGCUUCCUGGACGAGGCUGGAGCUGAGAGUUUAGGAGCGGAGGUAGAGGCUCGUCUUGCCCAGCUGGAGGAGCUAGCAGGUGGGCUGAGGCAAGAGCACAGCUUUCUACAGCGGGCGUUACUGCUAGCUAAGGAGUUCCAGGAUCGAUAUAAGGCUCAGGCCCAGUGGCUGGUGGAGACCAGGGCUUUGCUCAGCUCUCCUCUGGAGCCCAAAGCUGAACUGUACCAACGGAGAGCGCUGCUAGCUAAGUAUAAGGCUUUGUUGCAGAUGGUUCAGUCCCAUGACGGAUCCAUCAGGUCAGUGGUGGAGAAAGGAGACGCUCUGCUGUCCUCCGUCCACUACCCCUCCAUCAGAGACAAAAUGAACAGAAUGCAAAGGGACUACACUGAACUCUGUCAUACUGCCAUGGCCCAUGUGGAGACUCUGGAAGGCCAGGUGAAGGAACAGGAAGCUUAUCACAACGAGCUCCAGGAAGUGGAGCGCUGGCUGCUCCAGAUGUCCAGCAGGAUGGUGACUCCUGAUCCUACUGUGGGCGGCAGCCUGGAUGCAGCCACUCAACAUCUGUCCAGGCACAAGGCCAUCAUGGAGGAAAUAGCGGGCUUUGAGGAUCGCUUGGCGGCCAUGAAGGAGCGAGGAGACCACCUGGUGCAAGGCUGCAGUGACCGUGUGCAGAGCAGGCUGAGACAGCAGGUCCAGGCUCACCAGCAAGGCACCAGAGACAGCUACUCUGCCAUCUGUAGCACAGCACAGAGAGUGUAUCAGAGUCUGGAUCAUGAGUUACAGAGACAUGUGAGUCUCCAAGACACACUGCUGCAGUGCCAGACCUGGUUGACUUCUGCCUCAGAGGAACCAGAGCCUCCUGCACAUCCUCCUCUCAGCCUGGAGGACGCACUACAACAUAUGAAGCAGGAGCGUGCUCUCCAGGAACAGGCCGGCACUUACCUCCAGCUUGUGUGCUCAGCAUGUGACCUGUCUGAGCUGAGGGUCAGAGGGACCGCAGGAGCAAUCCAGCAGGUCAAACUGCAGAUUGAGGAGCGUAUGCUGCUUUGUGAGGAGGUAGUAGACAGCUGGAGGGACAUCGAGGAGCAGAAGGCAGAUCUGGAGGUCCAGCUGAGAGAGACUGAGCAGCAACUUCAGAACCUCAUCAGGAGACCUGCAGAGCUGGAGCCCAAGAUUGCACAGAACCAGCUGGACAAGGCACAGGAAUUCCUUCAGCAGAUUAGGGAGAAACAGUCUGAGGUAACUCAUUUGAGUGAAGCCGUUGGUAGGCUCACAGAUGGACAGGUCUCUCCUGCCCUGGAGGAGAUAAGGAGACUGAGGAGAAGCUGGGUGGAUCUUGGCCAGCGGGCAGAAGAACUGGAGUCUCAGCGAGGGGAGGACAUGCAAAGAAGUGUGGAGUACCAGGAGAUUGUUGUUGCUGUGGAGGAACUCUUCCACCAAGUAUCCAGGGAAUGGGACUACCUCGCCAGGGCUGACACAGAGAGUACAAGUGAGCAUUUAGAGGCUCUGAGGAAGCUCUCCAGUGACCUAGAGGAGCAGAGAGCAACUCUAGAAGACCUGAGAGACCAGAGACAAGCGAUCCUGCCUCGACUCAGCCUGCUGGACAAGGAGCUGGUCAAGCAACAGGUUGGUCAUCUGGAGCAGCGCUGGGCUCAGCUUGAAACCUUGAUUCAACAGAAGAUCCAGGACUCCUCACAGACACUGGAGGAUCUUGCCCGGGUUGAAACCCAGCUGAGGGAUGCCCGGGAGUGGGUGGAGGAGCAGCGGCCUGCUUUUACCUCUACGCUAAAAACCAGCCCACCCCCCGAUCUUGCCCAAAGUUUCCUGUUCGACCACCUGAGUGUGUGCGUAGAACUGGAGGCCCGUCAGCAGUUGCUGGGUCAGGCAGUGAGCGAGGCCCAGGCUGUGGCGUCCAGGCUGGGGCUGAGUGAGAAGAGAUUCCUACAGGAGCUUGUGGAACAAGCCCAGACUGAGGUGGAGGCUCUGGGGGCUCGGGUGUCCCAAAGGAGGAAGUACCUCAGUAAGGCCUUCACAGAGAGGACACAGUUCCUUCAAGGCCUGGGGAGAGCACUGUCUUGGGUACAGCAACAGGAGAGGAGGGCUUUGAUAGAUGACCACAUCGCGCUUCUCCCUGAGGACCUAACCAAACAGGUUGCUGCUUGUCGGGGCGUGCACAGUGGUUUACGAGCGUACCAGAGAGAGCUGGCAUCUCUCUGGGUACAAGGGCGAGAGCUAGAAAGAGAUGCCAGUGACAAAGAGAGAGCAGAAACCCUGGCGAGACUUGAGAAGCUGCAGGCGGUGUUUGAAACCGCCCUCCAGAGGACAACCCAGCGUCUCACAGACUUAGAGAAAGCCUUGACCUCCAGGAAGUACUUCCAGGUUGACCUGGAUAAGACCUGCCACUGGUUGAGACGAGCAGAUGCCAUCACCUUCCCUGAAAUCAAUUUAAGCAACAUUGAAGACAGCUCGGAGUUGCAAACACAGCUGUCUAACUUCCAGAAUGUCCUCGAACAAGCUUCAGAGUACGAGAACCUUCUUCUCAUCGUCCAAAGAAUAGGCCAGGAGAUCCUCCCUACUCUGAACGAGAUCGAUCAUUGCUACCUAGAUGAGAGGCUCAACGCGCUGCCUCAGCAGUACAACGCCAUCCUAGCUCUAGCCAAAGAGAAAAAAGACAGAGUCCAACAGAUAAUCUUAGAGCGAAAAGAGUUCAGCACUUUCUUAAAUAUCACUCGUAAUGCACUGGAGGAGCUUCAGGAGCAGUUUGACAAUCUGGAGAGGCAGACUAUCAGUAUUAGAGAGGAGGAAGGUGUGUUACGUCUACUUAAUGAAUACAGAAAUAUUAAUGAAAGUUUAUUCCAUAUUAGCCCUGCUGUGAGAGAACUUCAUGGCAAAAAUGAGGGGUUUCUCUGUAGGGGUCAGCAAUACAGAGCUGAAGAGACACUGCAGCUGGUCAGUCUCCACAACGCACUGAAAAGUAAGAAUGAACAGAAACUUAAACACUUCGAUGAUUGCUUGAAACCACUUGUUGAACACAACAGAGUAUCCACCAAGUUGGACUCAGAGUUUAAGUCUGUGAAGGAGAAGCUGGUCAGCCUUAAAUCAGACACAGAACUAGGUGUCAUGGAUAAAAUCACAAGCCUUUAUUCGCUGCUUGAAAGUCUGGAUUGUGUUAGCGCUCAGGCUGAAGAAUGUAACCAACAAACUAAAGGCCUCGGCCUGAAGUUUGAUCCCGCUGCCUUUCAGGAAACUACACUGCAGCUUGAAUCAUUGCAGUCCUUACGGUGUGAAGUCAAAUGUUUUGUUGAUGAAAGUGAAACGAAGGUCAGAAAGAAUGAAGAUUUCACAAAAGAGACUGAGAAAAUGUGGCAAUGGUUGAGGACUAUCAAGGACACAUUGGAAGAGCCUUUGACUCUUUCUGAGGUCAGAAUGGAGAGGGUAAAUGAGGAAGUGCGCAAAAUUAAGAUCGUAGAAGAGGAAGUGAAAAGUAGAUUUAGGAUAGGAGAUGCCUUAGGGAGCAGAGAGAAGCAAAGGUAUUGUAGUAGAAAGAAGCCUGUUCCUGCCAACAUAGAAGAGAAACUACAGGAGCUCGCAAAGCUGGGAGCUGACGUUCAACAAGGAAUUAGCAAAAAACAGCUGGCUGUGGAUCAAGCUCUCACCCUCGUCCAGAAGCAUCACUUAUCUCUGCAGUCCAUGCAGAAAUGUCUGGACUCUGCUGCAGCUUUGCUCCAGAGCGCCAGCGUGGGAGUGGAUCUUGAGAAUCAGACAGAUUGUGCGCGCAACCUGGAAAACCUUUCAGCCCAAGAAAAAAUGUUCACAGCUGGUUUAGAGGAGCUGAGGACUUUGGAUCCUCUCCUGGAAUGUUUUAUGGAAGCAGGAGCCACGGGUGAACUAAGAGAAAAGGUUGAGGCGAUGCAGCUGAGAAACACAGAAUUCAACCAGCACCUGGAUGCUUACAGAGAGGUGCUGCAGAGUUGUGCAGCUCUAUGGACCUCCUUCCAACACGAGAAAGAAACACUGGGGGAACAGAUGAAUGAUGCAGAGAGCAAGAUGGCCAUGUUCACAACAGCUAAAGCUGUCAGUAUCCAGCAGGCAGAGGAAAAGUGUCACAGAUACAAGUCUCUGCUGGCUCACAUCGACCUGCUUGAGCUGCCUCUGAAUGCUUUGAAAGACAAUGCAACAGAGUUGGAGCAGAUCAUCUCUGAGUCCAGCAAAGCCGUCACCAGCCACUCUGUAUCGUCACUGUGGCAACGGUGGACCAGGCUCCGCAGCGUGGCCCGAGCCCAGGAGAGGGCACUGGAGGACACUGCGAGGGAGUGGAGGAACUUCACUGACAAGAUUGAGAAGGUGCGCUCCGUUUCCCAAGACCUCCACAGUCGUGUCCCAGACUGCACAGUUGAGAAGGCUGCCACCAGGGCGGCGCUGCAGAGCCUCCUGGAGUACCAUGACUCCUUCAACCUGGAGGUGGAGAGGGAGCUGUCCAUCCUGGCCCUGCUGGGGCAACACACGCGCAGCCUCAGGGGAGAGGAGGAGGAGGAGGAGGAGGAGGAGGAGGAGGAGGAGGCGGCGAUGGAGAAAAAGACAGAGAAUGGACAUGAAGAGACACCUUGUCUACAAGAGAUCAGAAGCAUGCAGGAGCAAUAUGACAGCCUCGUGUUGCGGGUACGAGCCAGUAGGGCUCAGGUACACCAGGAGCUGAGGGAGAGAGAGGAGGUUGAGAAGGAGCUGGGCUUGGUCAAAGGCUGGAUCCAAGAUACUCGUGGCUUACUGCUGAGUCCCACUGCAGACCUGGACUCACUGCUGCAAGAGUUAGAGACUGCACAUGGUGAGGUCAUCAGCAGGCGUCAGAGUGUGGAGCGCAUGACAGAGCUGCAGCAGUCCAAGUACCAGGACCUCCAGGCCGGUCUGCCCUCUGAGCUCAGCAUGCAGCUGGCUGAGGUGGCUCUGGCUCUGGGCUCCGCUGAAGACCAGGUCCAGGCGAGAGAAAGGGAGGUGCAGCAGACCAGAGAUGUUAAAGAGGACUUCAGCUUCAGACUCCAAGACAUCGAGGCGAAGCUGAAGACCAUCGCUCUAAAACUGGAAGACAAGGGUGCCGACCUGGAGGAGGCCAAAGAAGAGACCAAAGUUCUUUGUGAAGAGUGUGACUGCUGUGGUCGCUCUCUGGCAGAGUUAGGAGUAGCUGUGCUGGAGUUUGGGGAGCAGAACCCUCUGCUGUGUAAGCAGCUGGGCGAUGCUGUGGCCAAACUGACAGAGGUGCAGCGCCACACCACGCAGCAGGUCCAGGACCGAGCCAACAGACUAAAGAAGGCAGAGAGACAGGUGGAGGAAUAUCGCGGUAUGAAGGCGUUCAUUUUGGGUUGGACAGAAAAGGCAGAAGCGCUGCUCAGCGGUUGUAUCAUCUGGGGCUCUGCGUGCCAGCUGCAGGAGCAAAUUCGAGCACACCAGGCGUUGCUGCGGGAGUGUCGAGGUCUCCAUGGUGACUUGGAGGCCAUGGGGGAGAGGGAGAGGCAGCUGGGGGAGGUGUUGCAGACGGAGGGGUGGAUCCAGCAGGUGAAACACCUCAGCAGACGCACAGAGGAGCUGCAGCAAAUUGCCAAGACUCGCCUCCAGAGUCUGCAGGACGCAGCAAAGGACAUGUUGCGUUUGGAGGCAGAGGUGAAGAUCCUCCAUGCUGCUGUAGACCAGAUCCAGAUCACACUUGCCUCCCCAGACCUUAACAGGCUCAGCCUCAGAGAGCAGCUCACACAGAGACAGCGUCUGUUGGUGGAAAUGGAGGGCUUCAAGCAGCAGGUGGCAGCAGUGCAGCAGUGUCAGAGCGCCCUCCGGCUACCAGAGGAGGUAGUGGCAAGCCUUCCUAUUUGCCGCACAGCGCAGACUCUGCAGCAAGAGACCAGUCAACUGCAGCACACCACCAUCCAGCAGUGCAACAUCCUGCAGGAGGCCGUGGUGCAGUAUGAGCAGUAUGAACAAGAAGUGAAGAACCUCCAGAGAUUAAUAGAAGAGGCUCACCGCAUCAUUCAGGACCGGCCCGUCUCCACCAAUAACAUACAGGAACUUCAGGCUCAAAUACACCACCAUGAGGAGCUGGCCCAGAAGAUCCGUGGCUACCAGGAGCAGAUCGCCUCGCUCCACUCCAAGUGUAAGAUGCUGACAGUGAAAGCCAAACACGCCACCAUGCUGCUGACGGUCAACGAGGUGGAGGGCCUUUCGGACGGCAUGGACGAGCUGAGUGAUGAGGAAUUGCCCAGUUCUGUGGCAACCACCAACGUCUCCGCCAACAAGCAGCUUCCAGCACACCCCUCUGUCGUCAUGAUGACAGCCGGCCGCUGCCACACACUACUCUCCCCUGUGACGGAGGAGUCAGGGGAGGAGGGCACCAACAGCGAGGUCUCUUCUCCCCCUGCCUGCCGCUCCCCCUCCCCAGGGGCUAACGCUGACGCUCCUCUUAACCAGGGUCGAGGUGCCUUAAGCCGAGCGCCUCUCCAGGAGCUGUACGACCCCUCUAUGGAGAGCAGUGCUGCCAACCUGGAUGACCUGCAGAGAUCCUGGGAAACACUCAAGAACGUGAUCAGUGAGAAGCAGAAGAGUCUGUACGAGGCUCUGGAGCGGCAGCAGCAUUAUCAGGAGUCCCUUCAAUCCAUUUCCACUAAGAUGGAGUCCAUCGAGGCGGCGCUCAAUGAGAGCCUGGAGCCUAGUAAGACCCCCGAGAGCCAGAUGGCUGCACACCAGGCUCUGAUGGAUGAGAUCCUGAUGCUGCAGGAUGAGAUUGGUGAGUUACAGACGUGCUUCUCUGAGGAGCUGGCAGACAGCGACAGCGAUGGGGAGCCUGGUGACCAACUGGCUCUCCAGUCGACUCUCACUGUGCUGGGAGAGAGGAUGGCCACCAUUCGAAUGAAGGCUUCUGGGAAACGGCAGCUGCUGGAGGAGAAACUAAGUGAACAGCUGGAAGAGCAGCGACAGGAACAGGCGCUGCAGCGCUACCACAGCGAGGCGGAGGAGCUCGACCAUUGGUUGCUCAGCACUCGUGCCACUCUAACCUCUGCCCUUCAGCCCCAAAAUGAGGACUUAGAUAUGGAGGAGCAGCUCAUCGACUGUCAGAAUAUGAUUUUUGAGAUCGAGCAGAAGGUGUCGUAUCUGUCCGAGCUGUCCGUCCACAGCGAGAGUUUGCUGUUGGAGGGUCGGGCCGAGACGAAGGGAGAGGCGGAGCAACUCACUUUCAAACUGCACUCCCUCAAAGACAGCCUGAUGGAGCUGCAGCAGAUGCUGCAGGACAAACAAGUUGGCAUACAGGGUUCAUUGCAGGAGCAGGAGGACAGUGAGCCAGACUCAUCUCUGUCCCAGAGUCCUAAUGUCCAGGAUUGGCUCUCCCAGGCCAGAUCCACACGCACACAGCAGCAUCACGACAACCUCCUUCGACAGAGGGAGCUGCAGGAGCAAGUAGCUGAACAGAGGAGGCUGCUGCAGUCUGUAGCCAGUGUUGGAGAGGAGUUACUCAGCCAACAGUCCACACACAAUGGGGACAGUGAGAUGUCCAUCCCAGGAGGAGUGUUGUUGGAGUCUGAGACUUUGUCUCCUUUGGAUCAGAUGAGACAGCGCUGGGAAAACCUGAAUAAAGAUCAGAGCACAAAGCUGCAGCUCUCCCUCAACUCCCUGGAGCAGGACCAGCUCAGCCCGGUUCUCCACCGAUCCCGUCUGUCCAGCCCCAGCAUGGUGUUUAGAGGCCUGUCUGCCAGCCAGGAAACUCGCUCUCCCAGAGCUUUGUUCGAGGCCUGCAGUCAGACUCUGGAAAGAAUCGGCCCUGAGACGAUAGCAUCUUUAGGAGAAGCAGCAGUCCAGCAGGAUCUGUAUGCUGCAGUUUCAGCAGCCUCCUCCUGGUUAGAUGCUGCUGAGAAUCAGCUGCUCUCUGGUCCUGUGCUGCUGUCCGAAGAUACAGAGACACAACUUACAAAUCUAGAGGGUCUGAAUAAACAGCUUAAGUCGAUGACCGGGGAGGUAAACCAGUGCAGAGAACUUCUGGGUGGAGCAGCGGGCCGGCUGUGUGGAGGAGAGGAGCAAGCCCUGAUGGAGGACACACUGGAGGGCCUGCAGGAGAGGAUGGGGCUGCUGGACGCCACCCUGGACCAGCACUGUGACUCCAUGAGGGACAAGCUGCAGGAACACUCAACCUUUCAGAAUGAACUGAGGAUGCUGUUCACGGCUCUGAGUGAAAGCAAACACCAGCUGCUACAGAAGAUGGCUGGAACUGUGGACAGACCUGCGUCCAAACAGAUAGAGACAUUAUCAGAGGUGGAGGACAGUCUGAGAGAGUUCGAGCACAGAGUGACUGAGCUGAAGACGAGAUCAGAGAGACUGCAUAUUGACCAAAUCUCCAACCAGGAACUUCUCAAACUACAGGAUGCAUACGAGGAGCUGGUGCUGAUGGUGGGCUCCAGACGUAGCAGCCUGAACCACGGCUUGUCACGCAAGGCCCAGUAUGAAGCUGCACUUCAGGACCUCACAGACCUGGUGGACACCGCCCAGGACAAGAUGGCUGCCGAUCAGAAGAUGACAGUGGCUUCUGUCAUAGAGGUCCAGAUGUUACUAGACAAACACAAAGAGUUUUUCCAGGGUCUGGAGUGCCAUAUGAUCCUCACCCAGACGUUCUACAGUAAAGUGUCUGCUCUGGUGGCGCAGAGGGAGAGCCAGGCGCUGGAGGAGACCAUGGCCUUAGCCCACAGUGUGCUCAAACAGGCCCACAGGAGGGGUGUGGAGCUGGAGGGCAUACUGGAGUCGUGGAGCAGGCUUGUGGAAGACUACCAGGCUCUGUGUAGACAGCUGGAGGCUGUGGAGUGUAGCAUCCCCACUGUAGGCCUGGUGGAGGAGACGGAGGAAAGACUCGUUGAAAGGAUCGCUCUCUUCCAACGCCUGAAGGCCAGCCUGACGGAGCAUCAGCCCCAGCUGUACCAGUUCCUGGAGGAGGGCAAAAGGCUUCUCCUGUCUGUUGGCUGCUCAGACUUGGAGAAUCAGCUGACCCAGCUGGGAGAACACUGGCUCUCCUCCACCACCAAGGUCAACAAGGAGCUGCACCGCCUCGAUUCCACGCUAAAACACUGGAGCAGGUACCAGAGUGAGUCGGCAGAGUUGAGCCACUGGUUGCGGUCGGCUCUGGACCAGCUGGAGUUCUGGACGACCCAGUCAGUUACAGUGCCUCAGGAGCUAGAGACCGUCAGAGAUCACCUCUAUGCCUUUCUGGAGUUUUCCAAAGAGGUGGAUGCUAAGUCGUGUUUGCGCUCAUCUGUGCUGAGUACAGGCAACCAGCUUCUGCGAUUGAAGAGAGUAGAUACAGCUGGUCUCAGGACGGUGCUGGGCCAAAUCGACACUCAGUGGGCUGAGCUGUUGACUCAUAUUCCUGUAGUACAAGAGAAGCUACACCAGUUGCAGAUGGAGAAGCUGGCAUCCCGGCACGCCAUCACAGAGCUGAUGAGCUGGAUCUCGCUCAUGGAGAACAUCAUACAGGAGGACAAGAACAAAAUCCUGGGAGCUGUAGGCUCAGAUGUGGUCCAGGACUUCUUGCAGAAGUAUAAGGGUUUCCGCAUAGAUCUGACAUGUAAGCAGUUGACGGUGGACUUUGUAAACCAGUCAGUGCUGCAGAUCAGCAGCCAGGAUGUGGAGGGAAAGCGCAGUGACAAAACAGACUUUGCUGAGAAGCUGGGAGCUAUGAACAGACGGUGGCAGAUUCUACAAGGGCUCAUCGCUGAAAAGAUUCAGCUUUUGGAAGGACUUUUAGAAGGUUGGUUGGAGCAUGAAAAUGGAGUCCAGGCCUUGAAAACCUGGCUCACUCUACAGGAGGAGAAGCUGAAGAAGAGACAUAGGAUAGAGGAUGUAGCAUCGGUGCAGAAUGCGCUUAAAGACUGUCAGGAGUUGGAGGAAUUAGUGAAGGAAAAACAGAAGGAUCUAGAGAAAGCAGAGGAACGAGGAAAUGCUCUCGUGCAGGAUAAGAGAGGAGCAUUCUGCUCUGUUGUCAAGGAGACCCUCAAAGGACUGAACCAAUCCUGGGCUCAUUUGGACCACAUGAUAAGUCAGAGGAAGGUGAGCCUGCGGUCGGUGCUGGAGCAGUGGACGCUGUACCGGCGAGCCUCAGAGGAGAUUAAUGGUUACCUGAUGGAGGGGAGGUACUCUGUGUCCAGGCUGCGCCUCCUUAACGGCUCUCUAGAGGCAGUACAGCAGCAGGUGGAGAGUCUGGAGAAUCUGCAGGAGGAGAUGGAUAAACAGGAGAGCAGCCUGAGGAAGUUUGGCUCUGUGACACACCAGCUGCUGAAAGAGUGCCACCCAUCUGUGUCUGAAACACUCAACACAGCCCUCCGGGACGUCAACAUUGGGUGGAACAGUCUGCUGGAGCAGAUCUCAGAGCAGCUGAGGAGCAGUAAAGCCCUGCUGGGGUUGUGGCAGCGCUACAGGUCACUGUGUAGCGUGUGUGUGACUGCAGUUCAGAAACAGGAAGAUUGUGCUGAUCGUCUGCUGAAGAGCGCCACCGACAGGGAGAUCACAGAGGAGGAGAGCAGCGCCUGGAUAAUGGACUGCGAUGCGUGCCUCGGUGACCAGGCCUCCGUACAGCAGUCCAUCCAGCAGCUGCAGGCUUUAGGGGAGCAGCUGAAGAGCCAAGUCGACGCCUCGUCCUCUGCAGCCCUACAGUCCGACCAUCUGUCACUCACACAUCGCCUAGCAACACUGGAGCACGCCCUUCACAGGCAGCAGGAAGUACUGCAGUCUGGAUCUCAAGCCUGUGAGGGUUUCAGAGAGCAGUUGGACGCACUCGUCGGUGAGGCUGAAGAGGCUGAGGAGGUGCUGAAGGCGUCUGACCCGGUCGGCUCACCAGAGCUCACUGUGCUCCAGACACGUAUGGAGAAACUGAAGGUUCACCUGCUGAAGCUGAGCAGUUUGUCUCCAGACCUAGAACGUGUUAAUGAGUUGGUGUACAGACUGCCGGUCAGCGACAGAGAUGUUAAACGGCUGCAGAGUCUCAACAGAGCCUGGGCCGCUCACUCCGCUCACCUCACUGAGAGGUUCAGUAAACUGCAGGCAGUGUUGCUGCAGCAGCAGAGUUUCCUCCAGAAGUGCGAGGCGUGGAUGGACUUCCUGUCUCAGACUGAACAAAAGCUGGCUGCUGAGAUCUCAGGAAACUACCAGAGUCUGCUGGAACAGCAGAGAGACCACGAGUUGUUCCAGGCUGAGAUGUUUAGCAGGCAACAGAUUCUCUACUCCAUCAUCAAUGAUGGCCAUCAGAUGUUGGACCAAGGACAAGUGGAUGACAGAGAUGACUUCAGUGUGAAGCUGGCCUUGCUAAGCCAUCAGUGGCAGGGUGUAGUGAGGCGGGCCCAGCAGCGAAGGGGCAUCAUUGAUAGUCUGGCCCGCCAGUGGCAGAACUACCGGGAGAUGGCGGAGAAGCUGCUGCAAUGGCUUCAAGAAGUAACUCGUGAUCCAGAUGUACAUCAGCCAGGAGAACCAGUCGCCCUGCAGCAGGCCAGAAACCUGUUAGAUCAGAUACACCUGAGGGAGCGAGUGCUGCAGAGGCAGCAGGGAGGCUACAUCCUGACGGUGGAGGCCGGCCGGAGCCUGCUGCUGUCGGCCGACGCCCGGGCCGAGUCCACCCUGCAGACAGAGCUGAUGGACAUUCAGGAGAGGUGGAGGCACGGCCACCACCGCCUGGACCAGCAGAGGAGAGAGCUGCACGGCAUGCUCAAGAACUGGGAGAGAUGUGAAAAGGGCAUCAAUGCAUCACUGGAGAAGCUGAGGGCCUUCAAGAGGAAGCUUUCUGUACCACUGCCUGACCUCCAUGAGGAGCUGCACUCAGAGCAAAUCAGAUGCAAGGAGUUACAGAGCAGUGUGGGGGGCUGGACCGAUGACCUCACUUCCUUGUUCCUGCUGAGGGACUCCUUGGAGGGCGUGGUUAGUGCCGAUGACAUCACAGUCCUACAGGAACGCCUCCAGCUUCUACAGUGUCAGUGGGGGGAGGUCAGCCACCAGCUUUCCCUGCGCAGGCAGCAGGUGAGUGAGAAGUUGAACGAGUGGGCCGUGUUCAACGAGAAGAACAAGGAGCUAUGUGAAUGGCUCACACAGAUGGAGAGCAAGGUCUCUCAGAAUGGAGACAUCAGCAUUGAAGAGAUGAUCGAAAAGCUGCGCAAGGACUACCAGGAGGAGAUCAGUGUAGCUCAGGAGAACAAGCACCAGCUGCAGGUUAUGGGUGAGCGCCUGGCCAGAGCCAGCCAAGACACCAAGGCGGCCGAGAUCCAACACAAACUCAGCAAAGUCAGCGAGCGCUGGCAACACCUGCUGGACCUCAUCGCUGCCAGGGUGAAGAAGUUGAGGGAGACCCUUGUGGCGGUGCAGCAGUUAGAUAAAAACAUGAGCACCCUCCGUUCAUGGCUCUCUCACAUCGAGACGCAUCUCUCCAGGCCCAUUGUCUACGACACCUGUGACGACCUGGAGAUUCAGAGGAAACUCAACCAGCAGCAGGAGCUGCAGAGGGACAUAGAGAAACACAGCACCGGCGUGGCGUCAGUGUUGAACCUGUGUGAAGUCCUGCUCCACGACUGUGACGCCUGCUCCACGGAGACAGAGUGUGACUCCAUCCAGCAGGCCACCAGAGGGCUGGACAGACGCUGGAGGAACAUCUGUGCCAUGUCCAUGGAGAGGAGGCUCAAGAUUGAGGAGACGUGGAGGUUGUGGCAGAGGUUUCUGGAUGAUUACUCCAGGUUUGAGGAUUGGCUGAAGACCUCAGAAAGAACAGCAGCUCUGCCGAACUCCUCUGGAGUUCUGUAUACUGUCGCUAAAGAAGAGCUGAAAAAGUUUGAGGCCUUCCAGCGUCAGGUGCAGGAAUGCCUGACCCAGCUGGAGCUCAUCAACAAACAGUACCGUCGCCUGGCUCGGGAGAACCGCACCGACUCUUCCUGCCGACUCAGGGAAAUGGUGCAUGAUGGGAACAGGCGAUGGGAUAACCUGCAGAGGAGGGUGGCCGCCAUCCUACGCAGACUCAAGCACUUCAUCACCCAGAGGGAGGAGUUUGAGACGGCACGAGACAGCAUCCUGGUGUGGCUGACUGAGAUGGACCUCCAGCUCACCAACAUAGAGCACUUCUCUGAGUGUGACGUACAGGCCAAGAUAAAACAGCUCAAGGCGUUUCAGCAGGAGAUCUAUCUAAACACGGGGAAGAUCGAGCUGGUGUUCAGACAGGGUGAAGCUCUGAUUGAGAAGAGUGAACCUCUGGAUGCAGCUGUCAUCGAGGAAGAGCUGGAGGAGCUGCAGAGAUACUGCCAGGAGGUCUUCGGACGAGUCGACAGAUACUACAAGAAACUCACACGACUGCCUCUGGUCGAUGACGAGCUCGAUGGUUCAGACAGAGAGCUGGACAUGGAGGAAGGUGGCGAGCUCUCUGAGCUGCAGUGGGGCGACUCCUCUCUGCCCCGGACGUCCAGCCGUCAAGCCUCGGGUACGACAGCCCUCAUCCGGGCAGACCGCUCGGGACGCGACACCCCGGCCAGCGUGGACUCCAUCCCGUUAGAGUGGGACCACGACUACGACCUGAGCAGAGGUCUGGACAGCCCUGGAGGACGACAUGGGGAAAGGAGUCGAGGGCAAGAGGAGGAGGAUGAGUAUCUGAGGACUGCUGCCGCAGUGCUGUCAGGUGAGCCGGGCCAGCUGGAGGCCAGUCUCAGACAGCUGGAUCAGGCUCUGGAUGCAGGACGAUACCACCUCCAGCAGAGAGAGGCCACCGCCAACAGCUCCAGCCCUGACAUCGACUCCACAUACAUGGGCUACAUGCGUCUGAUGGGAGAGUGUCGAGGCAGCAUAGAUGCAGUGAAGAGAGCAGAGGGAGAGCUGACUGAAGACGAGGAUGACAUGCCGGGACUCACCAACCCCACCAGCACAGACACUCAGAGUGCCGGUGUGAUCGAGCGCUGGGAACUGAUCCAGGCUCAGUCUCUGAGUGAGAAGCACAGGCACAAGCAGAACCUGCAGCAGUGGCAGCAGCUGAUCUCAGAUCUGCAGACCAUGAGGGCGUGGUUGGGUCAGUCUGAGGCUGAACUCAACCAGCUGCGAGGGCUCGAUCUCAGCACCGACAUACACACCAUCCAGCAGAGAAUCAAGAAGCUCAAGGAGCUGCUGAAGGGGGUGGAUGCCCACAAGUCAGAGGUCUUGUCCAUCAAUCUGAGCAGUGCAGAUUUCCUCCAAUCAGAGCCUGACUCUGAGGAGGCGUGGGAGUUGAGGGACGGGCUGAAAGAGAUGAACUCACGCUGGGAUUGGCUCGGUACCUCCCUGGAGGACUGGAGGGAAGAGCUACAGAGAGCGCUGAUGCAGUGCCAGGAGUUCCAUGAGAUGAGCCACGGUCUGCUGCUGUGGCUGGAGAACAUCGACCGCAGGAGGAACGAGGUGGUGCCCAUCCCUCCCAAACUGGAUCGUGAAACGUUACGAGCUCACCACAAAACUCUGACGCAAAUCAAGCGUGAGCUGCUGGACUCGCAGCAGAAGGUGUCGUCUCUUCAGGAGCUGUCGGCUCAGCUGCUGGUCAACACGAAACCUCAGACUCUGCUGCUGCAGUCGCAGAACUCGGAGCAGAUCCAGGCUCAGGGCAGCGAGUGUCUGGAGGCCCAGGAGAAGGUGCACGUGAUCUUGAACAGGCUGCGGCUGCUCCUGAGGGAGGUCAGCUCAGACCUGCAGGGGUUGGAGAGACGACUGGAGGCCACGGACACACGGCAGGAGUACCUUCCGUUGCCUGUUGGUCAACCAGAAGUGUGUGGAUCAGCUGGUGCUGAGUCAGAGGUGACUGUCCAAAGUCGCAAACGCUUGCCCCGAGGUAAAAGUAGUCAGGCCCACCCAGGACCCCCUGAGAGCGGCCCGCGCCACAGCCGGAGCAGAUCAGCCGGCGCCGCUGGCUGCGUUUCCUCCCGUUCUGACCUUCCAGACGGCGUCUCCUCGUCGUCGUCCUCCUCCUCCUCUUCCUCAAAAGGCCAGUCCUUCCUGCUGCGGGUCCUCAGGGCUGCGCUUCCCGUCCAGCUGCUCCUCCUGUUCAUCAUCGGCCUGGCCUGCCUGGUGCCCAUGACGGAGGAGGACUACAGCUGCCACCACGCCAACAACUUUGCCCGCUCCUUCCAUCCCAUGCUGCGCUACACCAACGGACCUCCGCCCAUAUGAGAAGCAGCUGAAUAUCUACCUUCUGCUUUGCCAAGGACGCCACUGAAUGUUUCCUCUUCACCCCGUGCCCUGAAGCAACAAACUCUUCCCUUGCCAGGGAGCUAACAUGGAUCAUGAAGUGACUCAGAGGCGAUAUGAAGACUUCUCUCACUAACAUUGCACAUCCACCUCAACCCUUUAAACCCACUCCAGAGUAAACGGACCUUCAUCUGGAGACCGCCUCUCCGCCAGGCAAAAAUAAUUCAUGUUUUAACUUAAAUGUGUAUAUUAUUUUCUCAGGUUUCCGAGGAAACCAGAGAAAUCAAUGAAAACAAAGCACUAUUUAUAUACUGUAUGUAUGUUGGGAGCCAAAGUCGACCGUGCUUUUUGUCCAUGAUAUCCAGUGCUGCUACUAUUUAUUUAGCGUUAAAUCAGAUAUUAGAUUGUUAGUAUUGAUGAAGCUGAAGCACCACCUCGAGUGUGGGAUCUUGUACCUUUUUAAAUUGUACAGAAGACUUGCAGUUUGAGUAGCAAUCGUUCAGUCUCAGAUGUGAAGUUUGUUUCCAAAAGACACAUUUGAAGAACUACUCAACGACAGAAACGGCUCAACAGGAGUGUUUUCUGAAGGAUGAAACGAUGUUUUCUGCUUGAAUUUGGAAAUGAAAUCGCCGUAAAUGACGUUUAAAGCAAAAAAAAAAAAUCUGAACCUAUAGCACUGACAUGAGCACCGUCGGAGGUACUGCACUGAAGCCGUCCAGCCAAGAUGGCCGACUUCUUUCCCCAAAAGCCAAGGCUUGUAUUCCUGUUUUCAAUUUCAGUAUUUAAUCAACUGGGGCAAAUAUGAAAAAAAGAUAUGAGCUCUCCACUGAUUUGUAUAUUUUUGUUGAAAUGCCUUUGAAUAUAGGCAGUUAUUUUUUUAUCUUUCUGUUUGAGCAUGCACUUGAAAGUCCCCUGCUUUUAAGAACGCCAAACAAUCACCGGUAGUGUUUUAGUAGACGGCUGCGACAUGAAAUAGUGAGCUUUGUAAUAACUGCGAUGAUUAUUCUGCGGUGAUGAGACAUCGGAAUCACUGCGUUGUUAAAACAGAAUCUGUAAAAAAUGAUAAAAUAUGAAAAUGGUUAUUUAUGUAUGUACAGUUUGCUAUUGCCUACUUCAUGAAGAAUACUCUCUUUGCAAAUAAUAAAACAUGAAAUAUUUA